GUAUUCCAUAGCUCAGAUUUUCAGUCAAAAAUGUCGCGUCGGUAUAAUACAAGUAAGCUUUAAACGAAGCAAGGUCACAGCCAGUUUACAAACAGUCGAAAAAGCAGGAUGUGACUAUGUGUGGUAGCUUACGCAAUGUCAAUUACAAGUAGGCUCUUCUCGCUCUAUCACAGAAGUAAAUAAGGUAACGUAUGUUCCAAUUUCAAGAAUAUGGAUGUCGGUAAUGUCGCCCGCCAUUAAGAUAUAAUCAAUUUGGACUCUUUCCUCUUUAACUUUUGAAUUAUCAGCGUUCGUCGCAGUAUCGAGCGAGCACUGGUGGAGCGGCAUGUCUGAUUAAGGAUCAGUCAGUCACCGAUUUUUUUUUCCCCAUCUUCUUAAUCUCCAUACUCGGCAAACAAGACCUUGCUCGCACCGAGACUUUGCCACUUGUCGACGUCCAUCAUCACCUGGUACAAUGAGACUGUAUACUUACGGAUUUCUGUGGACGUGUCUCAUACUGAAGCCAACGAGCGAAGCGGGUGCGUUCACUAUCAGCUGGAAAAUUUCAUAUUAAAUUUAAAGUACCUAAACGUCUUUCGAUCAAGAUAACAUCGCAGAUCGCAUGUUCCCUUUAGCACCCAUUGUCUAUUUUAGAAUCGCUAGACCACUUCUAAAUGCAUUGUUUUUAAUAUCGUUCAGAUCGUUCUAUCGUCUCACUCUUGCAAGACAAGUUAUCAGUCAUUAUCAUGUACCUGCCUUUAUCACGGAUCGGAUCUUAUCGCGAGACCGUCAAAGUUAGUCACACCCGAUCGCUCGAUUGCUGUGAACGUCACGAAAGUUCUGUCAAAUCAAACAUACCUCCCUGCCUAAUUCAAGACAAGAGGGAAUUUCCUGUUCAGAACUCGACGAUGUGUCGAUGUGGAGUGUAGACGUCUAUGGAAUAAGUUCCACGAUAUAUUCCGAAAGCAAGGAAACCGAAAAUUGCACGAUUGGCAUAAAAAACAGCUCGAAAUGUUCCUGCGUCGAUUGUACUGAUACAAGAUGCACGGUUUGUUGCUUGUCUCCCGAAGUACAAUGCUGUUAUUGCCACACGUGUAGCAUAUGCAGGGAAACCGAAUGGCAGAUUUUAACCGUGGCCCAGGUUGGUUUGUCGAGUGUACUUCUAAUCAGCGUUAUUGCGAUACUUCUUCUGCUUUUUAGAAUCUGCAUAAGGUUUAUUAGAAAAUUACGAGCGGAGCGAUCAGCGUCUCUUCUGAGAGUGGGACAAGACGGGAACACCAGCGUAACAUCUAUGCAACGGUACAUCCUGGAGAGGUUACGAGACAGACCUCCUCGUUACAUGGAUAUUUACGACCCCCCGCCCCCGUACGACGCCGACACCGACAGUUACCAAAGCGUAACGUUCGAAGCUCCGCCGAUGUAUCCAGGAAUUCAGGAUACAAGCGACAUAGCCGUGAUUUCUGCAGCCACGAGAACGUGUUCGUCGGAAGAAGCAAACCACUCCCGGCAAUAUCGAGUUGUCAACCACAUAUGACAGUAAAUCAAGGAGGAAAUCUCUCCCAUUGGGUCGAUUCAAUACACCGUGACGCCAAAUUUAUCGUGGGUUCGCUCGGAUCGCCAGAAGCGCUACCAAGAUAUAAAGGGUCAUCUUGGCCAGAAAGAUAGAGCCUGCGGAAACGAAACAGCGUCUUUAUCAAUCCGCAUUUUAAACAAUGGUACGUGACACUGACGCGUCAAAGUAAAACCCUCGAAAUCCCCUGGAUUCAUGGUUCUUGACGCCCUAAUUGAUUGCAGAGCCCCACCCCACGCCAUCUGUGAUUUCAAUGCCAACUAAAUUGUCUUUACCAGAGUGCUCUUAAUCGUUGUACAAUUGUCCUGACACUUUCGUUUCUCAUUUAUAUUGAUUGUCUUGUACAUCUUACAUGUUGAUCGAAAUACGAGAGCUCGACGUCAUUUUGGUUCUAGCCUAGGCUAAGUGAACCCAUCUCGUUUCGGAAAUCGAAAUUUAGAAAGUGUCAGGAUAAUUCUUAGGUGCUUACAAGUGAAGGGAUGUUUCAGCCGGUUUGGUCCAAUACCCUUAAAAAAAAAACCUGUCUUAUUGUAAUCGACUGACAUGAGGUUUCACUUCGCCUUCAUGCAGCGUUCUAGAACUUACCUGCACAUCGCGAAGUCCCAGAGAU